CGGAAAGUCUCCCGAAGUGAAUUUCUGUCUUUCUUCGACAUUUUCUUAUUUUCUUCUCGGUUCUCUAAGAACGAAACAGAGGAUUAGAGUUACACGUUGGAAAUCAAAUUUCCAUCAGCUUUCAUGGAUUCCAUUCCUAGAAAAUUGUCAGGCUCCAAGAACGGGCAUAAAUUGUACCAUGAGUCGGUUUCCAUUAAUUCAGAUCAUAAUGUUGUUGAGAGAUUCAUGGAUCCUCCUUUCCUCCCGACCAAAUCUCAUCCUUACAACUCGGCUACAGUUUCUGGUGCCAGAUUGGAGGAGGAUUCUGCAGAGGACCGCGAGUUAUCCACUGCAAUGCUCAAGUACAUGGGCGAGAUUCUUAUGGAAGACGAAUUGGAAGACAAGAACUGCAUGUUUCAGGACUGCGUGGCCCUCCUAGCUGCUGAGAAAUCCUUCUAUGAUGUCCUCGGAAACCGGUCUCCUCCUCAGCCUCCGCCCAAUCCUCCUCCAUAUCACGUCCAUCUCCAUAGUCCCGAUGAUGCUUCUGUGCUGGGUUGCAGCAGUUCCAGUGGUAACAGCAAUGCUGCUGCCAACAACUUUGUUGAAUUCGAAAUGGUUGAGUUAGGCCAGUUAGAAGCCUCUCCUGUACCAACGCCUCUUGUAAAUCACAUACUGCAGCCGAAUUCAGAGCUGUAUGAUACUGUUAAUACAUGGAUUCCUUUUGAAGAAAAUGAUGCAGAGGAAGAUAGGAGGUCUUACUCAUCCAAUGGGCCGAGGGGAAGGAAAAAUCAACACCCGGAUGAAGGCGAUGAUUCCCAAGGCAGAUGUAGCAAGCAUUCAGCACUCUACACUGAAGAGCCUGAUGAACCAUCUGAUGAGAUGUUUGAUAGUGCCUUGCUCCCACGUGAUGGUGAAGCAGGCAAGAAGUUGCAUCAGAACGAGCAAUCAAAAGGGUCGAAUGGCAAAGCAGGUCGUGUUAAGAAGAAGCGCAACAAAGGGGAACUGGUGGAUUUGAAUGCACUCUUAAUUCAAUGUGCACAAGCCGUGGCAGCCUACAAUCAGAGAGCUGCAAAUGAUAUACUAAAGCUGAUUAGGCAACACUCCUCUCCUUUCGGCAAUGGAUCUCAAAGAUUGGCACAUUUCUUCGCAAACAGCCUUGAGGCACGACUUGCUGGAACAGGAUUACAAAUGUAUACAGCCCUUGCUACCAAGAGGACAUCAGUUCCUGAUGUGAUCAAAGCCUACCAGUUAUACGUCUCUGCCUGCCCUUUCAAAAGGAUGUCAAAUAGAUAUGCCAAUCGGGUGAUUGCAAAGCUAGCCGAGGGUGCAACAAGGCUGCAUAUUAUUGAUUUUGGCGUCCUCUACGGUUUCCAGUGGCCCUGCCUCAUCCAGUUCCUCUCUUUGAGACCUGGUGGGCCUCCCAAGCUCCGCAUCACUGGGAUAGAUUUUCCUCAGCCUGGUUUCCGGCCGGCAGAAAGGGUUGAGGAGACAGGACGCCGCUUAGCCAAUUAUUGUAAGAGAUUCAAGGUCCCAUUUGAGUACAAAGCCAUAGCGCAAAGGUGGGAGACUAUUAAAGUUGAGGACCUGGAGAUUGACAGAGAUGAGGUGCUUGUUGUGAAUAGCAUUUAUCGGAUGAAGAACCUGCUUGACGAAACAGUAACAGACAAGUGCCUCAAGGAUGCAGUUCUGGAACUGAUCAGGAGGAUUAAUCCAGAUAUUUUCGUCCAUGGUGUUUUAAAUGGAAACUUCAAUACGCCCUUCUUCUUUACACGGUUCCGGGAGGCAUUGUUCCACUUCGAUGCGUUGUUUGAUAUGUUAGAUGCUUCAGUGCCACGUGAAGAUGAAGGAAGGAUGAUGUUUGAGAGAGAGAGAUAUGGAAAAGAUAUCAUGAACAUCAUAGCAUGUGAGGGCUCAGAGAGGAUUGAAAGGCCGGACAUUUACAAGCAGUGGCAAGCUCGGAAUGAGAGGGCAGGGUUGAGGCAGCUUCCCUUAGAGCAGGAGAUACUGAUGAAAGUGAGGAGUAUCGUGAAGAUGGAUUACCACAAGGAUUUUGUGGUGGAAGUGGAUGGCGGGUGGAUGCUCCACGGUUGGAAGGGGCGAGUCAUCUAUGCCAUCUCCUGUUGGAAGCCUUGCCACCACCUUCUAUCCAUGGAUACCCUUCUCGGAGAAUUUUCUGGUUCCAUGCCAGAAUUCAAAUUCGACCACGACUCGGUGUCGGUCUUCAGCUAUUCAGAUCAGAAUCUUGUUGAGAGAUCCAACAAGCUCAGCCAGGGCACCAUGGAUCCUCCUUUCCUACCAACCAAUCAUCAGCCUUGUAACUCGGCCACAUCUGGGGCGACACCGGAAGGGCCUCCAACUGAAGAAGGCGACUUCUCCGUUGCUAUGUACAAGUACAUAGGUGAUAUUCUUAUGGAAGAGGACUUGGAGGAUAAGAAUUGCAUGUUGCAGGACAGCGUGGCCCUCCUAGCUGCUGAGAAAUCCUUCUAUGAUGUUCUUGGUGAGCCGUUUCUCCCUCAACCCAAUUCCCCUCAGUCUAUUGGUCGAAACAUCGAGAGCCCAGAUGAUAAUCCUGUGACAAGUUGCAGCAGUUCCAGUAGUAACAGCGAUGCUACUGCUAAUAGCUUUGUUGAAUCAGACUGGGCAGGCCAGUUUGAAGCCUCCUACCUGCAAACCCCUCUUGUGAAUCAGGUAUGGCAGUCCAAUGUUAUGUCGAAUUCACAGUUCAUAGACUCUCCUGUAAGUGCCCCUUUGAAAGGUGGUUUUUUUAGGGAGAGCCAAUCUGUUGAACGUGUAAUUUAUGAUCUGGAGAACAAUAUAGCGAUUCCUUUUGAAGCGAAUGGAAAGGCUCUGGAGGCGGAAAAGGGUGGUAUCAGAGGAAAGAAAAAGCAACAACGGGGUGAUGGUUAUGAUUCAGAAGAGAGGAGCACAAAACAAUCUGCACUUUAUGCUGAAGAGUGUGAGCCAUCUGAGGUUUUCGACAGUGCAUUGCUUUGUGAAGAUUUAAAUGUGUCUGGAAUUUGUAUCGUUGAGGAGGAAGCAAGAAAGAAAUUGCAGAAGAAUGGGGAAUCAAAAGCUAAUGGUAAAGCAGGGCGUCGUAAGAAACAGGGCAACAAAGGGGAAGUUGUGGAUUUGAGGGCACUUCUAACGCAGUGCGCGCAGGCUAUGGCCGGCAGUAAUCUGAGGUCUGCAAAUGACCUUCUGAAGAUGAUCAGGCAGCACUCCUCUCCUUGUGGCGAUGGGGUUCAAAGGUUGGCUCAUUUCUUCGCCAAUAGCCUUGAAGCACGCUUGUCUGGCACCGGAUUGGAGAUGUCUAAAGCCCUCGUUAGGAAAAGAACGCCGGCUAGUGAUAUAAUAAAGGCGUACAGGUUAUAUGUCACAGUAUGUCCUCUUAGGAGGAUGAGUCAUAAAUUUGCAAAUCGAACCAUAGCAAAACUAGCUGAGCGAGAAACAAGGUUGCACAUUAUCGAUUUCGGUAUUCUCUACGGUUUCCAAUGGCCCUGCCUUAUCCAGCUCCUCUCGUCCAGACCCGGCGGCCCUCCCAAGCUUCGGAUUACUGGAAUAGACCAUCCCCAACCUGGAUUUCGCCCAGAAGAAAGAGUUGAGGAGACAGGCCGAAGAUUAGCAAAUUAUUGUGACAGAUUUCAUGUCCCAUUUGAGUACAAAGCCAUAGCACAGAAGUGGGAUACCAUUCGACUUGAGGAUCUCAAGAUUGAGAAAGACGAGGUUGUCGUUGUGAACUGUUUGUAUCGGCUGAAAAACCUCCUUGAUGAAACAGUAGUUGCCAACAGUCCAAGGGAUGCUGUUCUGAAAUUAAUCAGGGAGAUUAACCCUGCUGUGUUCAUCCAUGGGGUUGUUAAUGGGACUUUCAGCGCCCCCUUCUUCGUCACACGGUUUCGGGAGUCGCUCUUCCACUACGAUACACUAUUUGAUAUGUUUGAGGCAACUGUACCCCGUGAAGAUCAAGAGAGGAUGCUGUUUGAGCGGGAGAUAUUUGGAAUGGAUAUUAUGAACAUCAUAGCAUGUGAGGGUUCAGAGAGGUUCGAAAGGCCAGAAACAUUCAAGCAGUGGCAGAUCCGGAAUGUGAGGGCAGGGUUGAGGCAACUUCCAUUAGACCAGGAGAUAGUGACAAAUGUGAGGAGUACUGUGAAGUUGGAUUACCAUAAGGAUUUUGUUGUGGAUGAGGAUGGUGGGUGGAUGCUACAAGGUUGGAAGGGGCGAAUCAUCUACGCCAUCUCCUGUUGGAAACCUCAUUCUGAAGAUGGGAAUGUGGAAAUUAUGAAGCAGAAGGAUCAAAGUUCUAGUUCUCCGAUCAGCAGGAGAUUUCCUCCUUUGCUUCUUUUGAUCUUCGCUGCCCUUUUUCUGAAGAAUUUAAGUCAUAUUGACGCAGUUAAACUUCUUGCCCUUUUUGAUCUCUUCCUGAACUUCAGUGCCUGUCUCAUGGACCCUCCUUCCCAUCCAAACGAUUCUCAGCCUGGUAAUGGAGCUCAAUCUGCAGGGCCGAGACUGGAAGAGGCUUCCCCAGAGGAAGGGGGCUUCUUCAAUGCUAGUCUCAAGUACAUAAACAGGAUGCUCAUGGAAGACAAUAUUGAGGAAAAGACAAACACGUUGCAUGAUAGCUUGGCCCUCCAAGCUGCUGAGAAAUCCUUCUACGAAGUCCUCAGUGAGACUCAUCUGCCUCUUCGCCAUAUUGAUGAAGCCUCAGCGAAUCCAGAUGGCAAUUUUGUUCAGAAUUCCAGUAGUUCUAGUGCUGCUACCAACUUUGUUGAUUCAAACUGGUUCUCUGAUCUAGGCCAUUUUGGAGCCUCUCUCGAGCAUACCCCUCUUCUUGACCAUAUGUUGCAGUCCAAUUUUCAGUCCAAUUCACAAAUCUUAUGCUCUCCAGGGAACUUCAGUGAUAUCAACCAUGUGCUGCUAGACAAUUCCGUAAGUACCUUUCUAGCUCCUGGUUCAUGUUGUGAGAGCCAACCCGUAGCUCGUGUAAGGGAUAUAUCAGCUCCUUCAGAAUCACGGGAAAAAGCUAGGUUGAAGGGAAAGAAAAAUCAACAUGAGAAUGAUGGUGGUGAUUUGCAAGGGAGGAGUACAAAACAAAUGGCAGUUCAUGCUCAAAAUUCUGAGCCACCCAAUGUUUUUGAUGAGGCAUUGCUCUAUAACGAUUUAAAUAUGUCCAAGCUUUGUAUUAAUGAUGAUGAAGCAAGCAAGAAGUUGCAGCAGAAUGAGCGAUCAAAAGGGUCUAAUACUAAAGUAGGCCGCGUUAAGAGGCGCAGUAAAGGGGAAGUGGUGGAUUUGAGGUCACUUUUAAUUCAAUGCGCACAAGCUGUGGCGGGCAAUGAUCAGAGAGCUGCAACUGAACUACUGAAGCUGAUUAGGCAACACUCCUCUCCUAUGGGUGAUGGGUCCCAAAGAUUGGCUCAUUUCUUUGCUAAUGGCCUUGAGGCACGCCUGGUUGGCCUUGGAAUGAAGAUAUAUGAAGAGUACAAAGCCCCUGCUAUUGAAAGGCCGUUAGCUGCUGAUAUCAUAAGAGCUUACAAGGUAUAUGCCUCAGCAUGCCCUUUCAAGAGAAUGUCGUAUUUCUUUGCAAACUGGAUGAUUGGGAAAGUAGCUGAGAAAGCAACAAGGCUGCACAUUAUUGAUUUUGGUAUUCUCUUUGGUUUCCAAUGGCCUUCCUUCAUCCAGCAUCUCUCACAGAGGCCUGGUGGGCCUCCCAGACUACGCAUUACUGGAAUAGACUUUCCUCAACCCGGUUUUCGGCCAGCUGAAAGGGUUGAGGAUUCAGGAUAUCGCUUAGCAGAUUAUUGUAAUAGAUUUAAGGUCCCUUUUGAGUACCAUGCCAUAGCAGAGAAGUGGGAAAAUAUCAGACUUGAGGAUCUCAAGAUUGACAAAGAUGAGAAGCUUGUUGUGAACAGUUUGUAUAGGUUAAAGAACCUGCUGGAUGAGACCGUAGUGGAAGACUGUCCUAGGGAUGCCGUUCUCAACCUAAUCAGGAGGAUCGAUCCAGAAAUUUUCAUCCAUGGAAUUGUGAAUGGUUCCUUCAAUGGCCCCUUCUUCCUACUUAGGUUUAAGGAGGCACUCCACCAGUAUGAUGCACUAUUUGACAUGCUUGAUGCUACUGUACCACGAGAAGAUCAAGAUAGGAUGCUGUUUGAGAAAGUGGUUUAUGGAAGGUAUUCCAUGAAUAUCAUAGCUCAUGAGGGUUCAGAGAGAUUUGAAAGGCCAGAAACAUACAAGCAGUGGCAGGCUCGGGAUGUGAAGGCGGGUUUCAGGCAGCUUCUUUUAGACCAGGAGAUCUUGUCCAGAGUGAGAACUACUGUGAAGCAAGGUUUUCAUAAGAAUUUUAUGGUGGAGGAGGAUGGUGGGUGGAUGCUGCAGGGUUGGAAGGGGAGAACAAUCCAUGCUCUCUCCUGUUGGAAGCCUUGCUAGGAGUUGCUAAAUGCGAGCAAUGUACCACCCAGAAAGGAGGAUCAUGGUGUAUUAGCAGCAGUAUUCUGUUACUGCAUAUUUCUUACUGUUCCUUCAAUGGAUGAUCACUGUCAGUGGAUGUCGUCUUUGCUCAUAACUCAUAAGCAGAACUUGUGGCAGUUAUUUUACGGCCUAUAGAAUGUAAUGAUAGCAUCUUGAGUAAUUUUUGGUAGCUAAGCCUAUGUAUUCUGGCAAAUAUGAGGAACUUGAACCCCAACAGUGUGUGGUUUCCAUAUCACAUUGCAUUGUAUUAACUUCUUCCUUCUUGACGUCUGAGUUGAUCA